AGAACAGAAUAUUACUUGAUGAAACAAAUGGAAUAAGAAACAAGAACGACGAUAAUGAUCUCUUAUAGCAUCUCUAAUCCACAUUGAUAUUUAUUUCUAUUAUAACAUUUACAGUUAAAAUCACUCUAUCUCAUUUCUAUUUCUUCUUUUAAAAUAAAGAUUUUUUCUAUUUAUAGAGAAAGAAAUUGAAUUUCUCUAUAUUUUACUCUAUAUUUGGAGAUUGAUAUUUUACAGAAAUACAUUGAAGAAAAUCUCAUUUUAAGUUCCUCUAUUUUAUAGGAAAAGAUAACAAAAAUAUAUUGGAGAUAUUCUUAGAAUAUUGAUGAAACUGUGGGAUUAAUAUUGGCAAUUGGGAUUGAAUGAUAUUAUGGUAUUAUGUACUUUUCUAAGACCUUUUUAUAUGUAGAUAAACAAAGCAUUUAUUCUAUUGACUAUUGUAACAUUUUUUUAGGUGAAGCUUCUUAAAAAAGACUAGUGUAUCUUUAUAUAGGGACAGCUUUAUUACUUUCAUCUUUUUCUUACUUUAAAUUUAGUUUCAUUUUCAAUGAACUUAAGGAAUAGCUCCUACUUUUAGUUGUCUUUUUCAAUUCUAAAAAUAUUAACUGAUAUAUAUUAUCGGUCUCUUAAAUAGACAACUUUUAGUUUCUACUUACUUCAACUAGUUUUUCUUGCUUUUGGUCUAAGUUUUUUUUUUGUUUUGAGAAAAGCUUUUGGUCUAAGUUGUUUGUUUUUAGUUCACUUUAAGAGAACAUUAAACUAAAGUUGCAUUCGUAAAAACGGAUGUGUAAUAAACUUAUGCCUAGAUACUUGUUUAUCUGGUUUAUUAGUUGUUGAAACUAUAUAUUUUAAUGUGAAUUCGGAUAGUCGGUAAGGAGAAACGAUCUAAAAAACUAUAAGGACCAAAGACGUAUACGUAUUCAUAUACCAAGUUGAAGAUUCCGUCUAAAACUACAUCAAUAUUUCUAUUGUUCAUCUUUACUCUUUGGGAUUAUGAUCAUCUCCGUCUUGCUGCUGUCUACAUGAGCGAUUCAAACCACAGCCAGGCGGUAUGGUGGUGACCGAAACAAAUACGAAGGAAGAGUUGGAGGCAAUAAUCUUGUGAGCAGGAAAAAAUAUCAAUAAUUGUAUGAAAAAUGAAGAAAUAUAUCACGUAGGUUCUGACUCGUUUAGUUUUAGAGGGAUCGUGGGACUAUUUGAAAGGAGAAACUAUAAAAGCAUAAAGUAAAACAGUACUAUAAAAGAUUUUUCCACUGAUAAUCUUAAGUGGGAAGUUCUUCUACGUUUAGACGAUAUCAAAUCUGUUUAUAUUUUUCCUACUAAAAUAGAAACGGUUUAGAGAACUAAGAGUCUAUAAGAACAUUUCAUCAAUAGAUUUCCACUUUUCUCAUUAUUACUAGUUUAGCUUUUAUUUUGUAAAGUUUAUUAUUUAUUUAAUUUGUAACAAAGUAUCAUUAUUAUAAUUACAAGAUAUAACCUAAUAAUGAUGUUCUAAGAGUAAUUGUUUUUAUUCUAUUUUAUUUUUGAUUAGAUUUUUUUUUGUCACGAUUUUGUUUUUGAUUAGAUAGUUUUCAUUAAAUCGGUGAAAACUUUAAAAUACUUGUUUCUUACAACAACUAUCUUGGUUGGGUGAAAACAUACAUCUUCAAACCCAGAAAAAAACACAAACAAUCAAAGUUUAAAUUAUUAUUUUCAGAUUAAUUUUAAAAUUUUCGGGUGCUUUGUAAUAGAUUUAGGUGGAUUUUAAUUCAGUUGGGUUUGAAUUGAUUUAUACAUAAUUUAAUUAAUAUUAGCUUCACUAAAUUGGGCUUGGCCCACUAAAUUCAAUCUCAGUGGCUUGUUUAUUUGGCGUUCAACUCUAGCAAGGGAUAUGCCACAUCAAUAUGGUUGACAAUCAUUUAACGGCAAUGAAGUUUUACGCAAGAUUUACAGUUUCUUCGUGGUCGCAAGUUAAGUUUUCGAUAUCUUGAUGUGGUUUUCAGACAUAAGCUUUAACCUAGUGUACAAGUACCUUCUUCUUUUUUUGGUCAAAAGUGUACAAGUACAUAUAUUUAUUUUCCAACACAACAAUGAAUCUUUACAAACCAAUAAAUUAAAUAGCGUGUUAUGGCUAUUUAUUCGAGCUUAUAAUCCUUUCCGAUUUCUGAAUUAAGAUUUUAAGAUGUAGUAGUAUGACUUAUGAUCUUCUUUCUAUUGACUUGUUUUGGGUUAUGAAAUUAGCUAUAGCUAUCGUUUUCUCCCACGAGAUUAGUUUAACAGAUUUUGCGGCAACUUAAAUGUCCUUUUCAACUGUAAAAUGCUACUCUAUAUUAUACUCUCUAUACAUAUGUGUAUAACAGUAUAUGUAAAUUUAUAAUAAUAUUAUCAAUAGCCGUCAAAUUGUCUUUGUCAUCUAAAAGUAAUUCUUAGGGCAUCUCCAACCCUACUCCAUUUUUGACUCCAAACUCAAUUAUGGAGUAAAAUCUUCUCCAACCCCACUCCAUAUUCAACUCCAAAAUGGAGUAAUAGCUAGGGUUACUCCAUUUAUGGAGUAAUCUUACUCAUUACUCCAUUUUGGAGUUGAACUUUUUAUAUUUAUGAAAUGGUCCUUUUGAUUUUUAAUGUUUUUAUUUCAUACUUAAAAUAACAUAAUAACAUAAAAAAAUAAUACUCCACAAAAGAUUACUACUUUAUAGUUUACAGAAAAUAUGCAUAAACUCAUAAAAGUCAAAACUAAAAAUAAAAAAAUAUAAAAUAAAUAUAAUGUAAUAUAAAUAAGUAAUUUAAUAAUUAAUUCGGUAAAUUGUUUUUGAAACUACCAAAAGCAGUGAAGUAUUAUUCAAACAGAAUAGAUGAGUUUUUUAAUUUUGUGGGUCAAAAUUUUGAUUGAUAACAUUUGUACUUAUUGAACUUGAUAUAUGCACAAACAAAUAAUAGGACCCAAUACAUAAUUCAAAUUACAAAACAAAACUUUAUUUUUUCUUUAUGUUCUUUUAAUGCAUAAAAAUAUUUUUGAAUUAGAAAAAUUGCAUAUGAUAAAAUCUGCACGAAUUGAAAUUGGAAGAUAAUCUCUAGUUGUAUUUUUAAUGAUAAAUAUUUAAUUUAAAUAAAAUAUAUUAUUAUAGAAAUUUUGUAAACAUAAAAUAGUUGGGUUAAUUGUUAAUUUUUUAUAAGUUGAAGGUGCUAAUAACAAUUAUCAACUAAAUGAAAAAAAAAUCCUUUUGUUUGGAGUAAAAAAUAGAGUAAUACAUUGGAGUAAAAUCCAACUCUAUUUUAGAGUUACACCAUUUUGGAGUAAAAUUUGGAGUAAUACAUUGGAGAUGCUCUUAAUACCGUCGUGGGAAGCGUUGAUUGGUUUGCCUUCAAUAUAAAUUUCAUAUUUCAUUUGGGUCUGUCUCACCUACCAUUAAUUACUUUACUUUUAAUAUUUUAGUGAUAACGUUCUUUGCAUAUUUGCAACAUAUAUUAAUAUUGCUUCUCACUAAUUUAUGCUUCCGUUCUAUGUAUCGAGCCAGGAGAUGAAAAUAGUUUGUUGACACUUUGGCUUUUUCCUAUGCUUUUAAAACCCAUAUAUUUGGCAUGACCAUUACCACAGACUUUUAAAUUAUGAUUAAGGCAGUUCCUUUAAAUGUAGCCUGAAAUUGUAAUAGUGGUUAUAAUGGAUAAAGAAGUGAAAAGACUUGAUAUUACAAACAGAAUAACAACAGAAAGAAAAUGCAAUCAUUAAGUAAACAAUUCAAAAAAAAAUUGACAAAAUUUGCAAUUCUAAAUGUUACAUUUAGGAAUUGCAAAAGUUCAUAUUUAUUUGUUAUUUAGCUAACGGUAUUUCACAUUAUGUUGAUUUAAAUUCUGAUUAUAUAUGAUUGUGUAAUCAUUUAAAACAUGCAACACUGAAGAGCCGAUUUAAAAAGAGACUACUGCUAUAAGUAUCAGAACCUGUAAAUCUAGUUUUUAAGUACUUGCAAAAUCUUUCAGUGUACAAUUGUCCGAACAGCAUCCCGUGGAUUUUCCAGUAGAAUCAAUCAUUGGUUGAUUAAUGACACGUGUGAGGUAAUCAAAACCGUCCACUCGCCCUCGCAAAGAAAGCCGGCUUUAGAAUAAAUUGAGGUAAGAACUCUCUCUCCUUUUCUAGUGAGAGAAUUUUCUCUCUAAUCCUCUAACCUUCUUAUCAAAUUUCAUCUUUCAGAAGGUUAUGAGUUGAUUUAAGGGAGAGAGAGUCCGUUGUUUUUGUGUACCGGUUUCGGUGUUUCCGACCGGUCUUGGACUCCGGCGUUGCAUCAGCUCUUCCGAUGAACGUCCGGCUUUGCUUCUGGGAAGCGGUGGCUUCCAUAGCACCGUCUUCGCCGGCUUUUGUCUCCGGGAGGUGAUGGUUUUCUCAACAUCGCUUUCACCGGCUCUCUUCUGGGGUUUUCCCGAUAUCUCGAUCUGCGAUUUCGGGCUUAUCUGUUUCCUGCCUCUCGUUCUGAUACUCUGAUGGUUUCUUCAUCCCCAAUCGUUUGGGUUGUUGCAUCUUCAAGCUUAGAUAGAUCAAUAAAGAUGUCUGUUGUUCCUUGCAAGUAAGUCGGAGGUUUGAAGAUCGAUUGUAGGCGGUUGAACUCUUCGUCGAUUCGUAGAUCUGCCACAUCUGACUUCGCGGCUCGAGCUUUGGCCUUGACUGUUCUGGUUGAACGGUUCGUCUCGAGUUCGUCUUCGCCGUCGAUGGUGAUCCGUCAUGUCUCCUUGCUGGCUCCGGGAGAAGAUUGAAGGCUCUCGUCAGGACGCGUGUUCAUUGGUCGCCGGGCGACCGGACACGUGGUGGGGUGAGUCGGAUUUCUUCUUCAACGGGUUUUCCCUUUGGGCUUGCGGUCCAAAGUUGUAUUGUACAGUGGCCCAGUUUGUUCUUUUGGGCUUUUGUUUCAAUGUUGUAUCGGGCUUAAUUUGUCCCUUUUGUUCUUUGACCCAAUAAUAAAAUUCAAGAUGACAAAAAAAAAAAAAUUGAGGUCUUCAAAGCAUUUAUUUUCAGAAGUUUUAUUUCAUUUUUUGUUUUUUUUUUGGAUUUGUACAAGAGAAAUUUAGAACUAUAACCAUAAAAUAUUAAUUAUUACAUGACCAAUUCUAAAGACUCCAAUAUUUUCUAUAUAAUAUGAAAUACUUUUUUUAAAAAAACAGACAGUAUUCAUAUAUAAAAAAAUAUUUAUCUCUUCAGUUUUAAUUACUUUUGAUUUCUUAAAAUAAUAAUCAUAAUUUAUAACUAAAUUUGAAAAUAUUUCAAAAUUUUUAUAUUGAAAAAUGUAUUGUACUUCUUUUUUUACAACAAAUGUAUUGUACUUUAUAUAUUGAUGUGGUUAGUAGAAUAACACAUAAUUUUGGUAUAUUUUGAUGUAUAUAUAAUUAUAAAUCAUUAUAUCUAAAUGAAAAAUUCUCCCUGCAAACGACGCUUAGCUUCUUACUUUAUCAAUACUCAUAAUAUAUCAAGUAUAUGAACCCGUCAAAUAUAAUGGUAUAUACGUCACACAAUUAAAAAGUAACAUAACGUAACGUGUAUAUAGCUUCAUAUUUGUAUACAAUUUCUUUAUGAGAAAAAAAAAACAUCCGGAAAAGAAUUUAAUUUUUGUUGUUGAAUAUCAACAAACCCUUUUUUUUUAACAAGUACAUACCAAUUAACUAAAUUCUCUCUUAUUUUACAAAAAAAAAAACUAAAUUCUCUCUUGUAUUGCGUGCAAACUAGAAAAAUUCAAACUAGAAAUACAACAGUAAAAAUGGCAACUUGAAAGUAAAACCAUCACCAAUGUAUUUUGAUAUAUUUUCUUCUAGAAUAGAAAAUCUCUAUAAUAAAGAUGUGUUUUCUCUAAUAUGUUCUUAUAUAAUAGCAAUAUUCAUAAUAUAGAGCAAAAAAAACUAUUUUUUCUCUUAAAUAGGAAAAAAAUAAUAAUCUCUUUUCUAAGAGAAGAGAGAGCAACGUUGGAGUGAAAUUGAUUCUAAAUACAUUCUAAAGGUAAAAAUAUCAAUGAGUUGAAAAUACUCUAAAACUGCAAUAAAUGACUAUAGAUCUAGUAAACAUCUUAAAGAAAAUAACAACUUAAUUUUUCAAAAAAAAAGAACAACUUAAGAUUUUGGUAUAUGAUAAGAUGCUUUGGACGGCCUAGUCGUGCAGACUGGUUUUAGUUCUAUCUCUUGUCCAGGUGUUACGUGUAAUAAGACGGUUGGUUUGCCUAGUAGCUGGUCAACCUCACUUAGAUCAGCAGGGACGAUUUCUAAUUCUUUAAGUUACUGUUUAAUACUCCUAAUCUAAUCUGGUUUUAAUCAAUGAAUUUAUUGCUAAUCUGGAAGCUCCCACCAAACGGAUAUCCCUUAAAUGCCUUAAGUUACAUGUUUAUCCUCGCAGUGAUCGGUCUCUGCAUGAGGGAUGUGUGCCAAGUGGAAAUUGGCAUUAGAUUGUUACCUUUUUAGGUUAGAAAAUAUAUUUAGUUGCGCAAAAAAUGAAAAUGGUGAAGCAUUUUUCUUUAUGUUCGAUCUCAGAUAUAGACAUAUACCACCAAUUUCCUAGCUUUAAAAACAAAUUAAACCAAAUAGAUAUUGUAUAAGAACUUAUGAAUAUAGCUCAAAGAAAAGUAGUGCAUAGAGUUUUAUCAUCAACAAGCAUUAAUUUAAAAGAAAAGAAAAAACAUUUACUUAUAUUUUCUUACAGUCAGCAAGAACUUAUAAAAAAAAUGCCAUCAUAGUUACAUAUAGAUAAUGCCAUCGUUAUCCUACACACAUCUCCAUAUUUUCAGAACAAAUGGCACAUUCUUGAGUCUAUAUAUUUGUAUAUCAUAAACUAUUAUUAUUACGUUAUUCAAAAGGCUCAUUAAAUAUUAUUGAUCGUAUGUAUAUAAGGUUUCUCCAUGUUGUUAUCUUGUAUAAUCAAAACACAACUUAACCAACAGAAUAAUCAAAAUCUGAAGCUAAAAACAGAUACACGAUCAUAUUACUGAAAAUAUACGUAUAAAUACAUUUAUUAUUCAUAUAUACACAAAACACAUUUAAUCCGUAACGUUAUUAUGGCGUUUGAUGAAGAUAUGAAAAUGUCGUCUUUCCUUAGAGAAGAAGAAGAAGAAGAUCACCAUUCUCUAUCGAGGCUCUCCGUCUGUUAUAACCACGACGGCGAUGAAGCCGACGUAGAGCCGUCCGACUCCGACGAAAAACAUGUCGGAGGAGGAGAGAAAGCCAUGGAGCAGCAGCUAGAGUUUUCAGAUUCCGACAAAGGGUCAACCGGUUGUCAGUCACUUCCGGCGACGCCACCUAGACGGAGAAGGCGGCGAGGUUCGAGGCUGAGCUCGCCGGUGUCCGGAGAUAAAGCUUACGCGAGCGAGAACGAAGCGCGAAAGAAGAAACAAGAGAGUAACAACGAUCCUAGGAGAAGGAGGAAGUUGCGACCGGAGUAUCCACCGUGGGUGGACAGUAUGCGGAGAAACUACGUGGAAGAACAGAGCGGAUACGGCGGAGGAGUGGUGGUGGUGACGAGGCCUAUAGGAGGAGGAAGGCCAUUGUGUAUGGAUUUGGGGGAAGUCAAAGCUUGUAAAGAUUUAGGAUUUGAGCUUGAACCGGGUCGGGUCUCGUAUUCCGGGUCAACGAUGGAUAUUAGUAGCGGCGGCAACUCUCCCGUCUCCUCCAGCCACCGUAUCUCUAGUCCCGGGGAUGAUCCAAACAAAGUGAAAGCUAGGCUGAAGGCAUGGGCGCACGCUGUGGCUUUUGUGUCUACCACUCAUCAUCAACGUCCUCCUAAUUCUUUUUGAUCGUUAAUCCAAUCUUAUAUCUAUUUUUUCACAUAAAAAAAGAAACACAAAGUUGCAUGCAUUUUCGAGUUGCGUUUUGAAACUUUUUGUUUGCGUUUUUGUUUUUUUCUGUCAUUUUGCGGAUUGGUUUUUCUCUUUGUGUCGACGAUGGGAUUUGUCGAUUGAUAUGGCCAUAAGCCAAAAGUAUAGAAAAA